AUGAAGGGUCUCUUCGGCUUUGCGGCUGCGCUUGGAGCGGUGUGCGCACAGUACAGCACUGGUGAUAGUGCAAAUGCGUCCCUGCCAAUCGUGGACCUUGGAUAUGAAAUUUACCGGGCGACUGGAUAUAAUGACACUGGCCGCUUCUACAACUUUAGCAACAUCCGCUAUGCUGCACCACCAGUCGGCGACUUGAGACUUGCUCUGCCGGAAGCUCCAGCAACAAACAGAUCUUCCAUAAAUGAUGGCAGUGUUGGCCGAAUCUGCCCACAAGCUUCUCCAGCGUGGAGCCCCCUCUCCGCUCAAGUCCUCACCAACUCGUUCCUCGGAAUCAGUUCUGCCAACACUCCUGUCUAUACCCCGUCAGGUGCCAACUCCACCUCAAAUGUCACUGGACCUGGUCCUUUGGAGACAGAGGAUUGCCUCUUUCUUGAUGUGUUCGUCCCGGAGAAAAUCCUCGCUCGCGCCAAUUCUUCCGGUUAUGGAGCCCCGGUAUUAGUAUGGAUCUAUGGUGGCGGUUACGUUGGAGGAAGCAAAUAUAAUAACCCGGCCGGUCUGCUCGCUGAGUCCGGAAAGCUUGGUGAUGCAGAGGUUGUAUAUGUGUCGCUGAACUACCGACUUGGUGCGCUCGGAUUCACGAGUGGUCCUUCCUUCAACGCGGAGGGAGGUGUCAGCAACCUUGCGCUGUACGAUCAACGAUUCGCUCUUGAAUGGGUACAGAAGAACAUUCAUCUGUUCGGUGGAGACAAAGACAGAGUCACUGUAUUCGGAGAAAGUGCAGGUGGAGGCAGCAUUAUGCACCAGAUCACCGCGUACGGAGGUAGCAAAGGACCUGCUCCCUUCCAACAGGCAGUCCCCCAAUCUCCGGGCUGGACUCCCGUGCAAUCUUCGUCCUACCAAGAAGACACCUACCAGAAGUUUUUGUCGCUGACGAACAGCUCUUCCCUGGCGGAUAUCCGCAAGCUCUCUUCUGAGGCUGCCAUCCGAGCCAACGCUCAGCAAAUUGCGUACGACCCGCCAUGGGGUGGCUACGUCUACGGCCCGGUCGUUGACGGGCUCUUCACUCCUCUCCUGCCCGGUCAGCUUCUCGCUCAAGGCCGAUUUGACAAGGACGUUCGUGUCAUGGUUGGUCACAACACAAAUGAAGGCCCCUACUUCACGCCGCCAUACGCGAACUCCACUGAGCGGAUAGCUACUCAACUCAAACACACGAUCCCCAGCAUACCUCAAUCAUCCGUCGACUACAUCACGGACACGCUGUAUCCCGCAAUCUUCGACGGCAGUCAGGGCUACACUGACAACUAUACGCGAGCCUACAGCAUUGUAACCGAGGGCAUCUUCACCUGCAACACAAACUAUCUCUCCACGGGAUUUCAAAACAAGACCUAUUCCUACCUCUUCGCUGUACCGCCGGCUUACCACGGCUUCGACAUCGCAUACACCUUCUUCGACGGUGGUGCUACCAGCCGCCUACCAACCGGGGUGACGAACCGGACUGUUGCGGUGGCGCUACAAGAAUUCAUCACAAGCUUCGCGAAAACGGGUGUACCGGCGGCAGAGGGAAUCAUGAAAUUCCAGAUGUACGGACCUGAUGCGAAGGUUUUGGAGUUAAAUGUUACGGGUAUCGAGGAGGUCCAUGAUAGCAAUGCGAGCAAGCGCUGCAACUGGUGGCAGAAGGGGCUGGUCUCGUAG